AUGGCGUGGCUACAGUCUGGUGGGUUCCUUAUCGCCAUUAUACAGGCAGAAGAGCUUUUAAAAACGUCACUAACCAGGGGCGGGUAUUUCAAUAGGCUUAUUGCGACACUCGGCGCAAAGUCGACCACCAGAAAGGUGAAUAGAAAGGCCAUCUUAGACGUGGACGUGCCCAAGGCCUGUGAUAUGAUUAUCCGCCCAGAUGCCCCAAUGGCACUAAGAUUACAAGGAAACUUGCUUUACGGGAUAUCAAAAGUUUAUCAUCAACAAUGUGGAUACGCCCUCAUCGAUGCCGAGGCGACAAAGGAUCGGAUGAGGACCAUGUUGAGAGUUAUUCAUAAUGCCGGGCUCGAUCCAGAUGCUGGAAAGGCCAGGCCAGAUCAACUCGUGCUGCCCCAUGAUCCAACAUUUAUCCCAGAGCUUAUGCUUCCAGGGCUAAACGUCGAUCUAUCGGCCUUAAACCUGGGUUUGGAAUGGGACUCUCCUCGUAAAUCCAGCCUGAUACCAAGCUCUUUACCACGCUCAAUGGCUUCCAAUCGGUCCGCUGCUGAGCAAGUGCAACUAAACCUUCCAUCCUCAGAAAUCGGUGGUAUUCAAAUGGCAGACGGGUUCGGGUAUAUGAGUGAAUUGAGCAGUGCGAUAAAGGAGCCUCAAGUAGAACUUCCGCCCUAUCUUGGUGAUGAAGCAGGCGUACUAUUGCAGCCAGACUUUGAAUUUGAUGGCGAUGGAAACAUAAUAGAGCUAUCCCCAAAGAAAGCCACAGAGCCCCAUGGCGGUGGGGAAAGUGAUAUCCAAGUGAGGGAUGACCGUCUGAGCGUCAUGAGGAAUACAGCCAUCGACUUCCAUGACGAUGGCAACCAGCUUGAUGGAGAUAUCCAAAUGCCUGAUAUUGAUGUGAUCCAGGGCGGGAGAGCUGGGGGUUUGCUGGCAUCUGACGGCCCACUGCAUGCGCGAGAACAAGGGAGCGAUCCUGACUACUCUCAUAUGCACGAUAUAUCCUCAAACCCGGGUGAAGUCAAGGCACGCUUCAGGCAACGACAUCCAAGGAUGUUCGGAAUAGACGAGCCCGCCGAGCUCAGGAACUCUGACCUAGCACAAUGGAAUUCAGAUUAUGCACAAAACAUGGUUGCUGCCGCCAAAGCAAAAUCGCACAACAAGCUUAUUACCAUUGCCAAAAAGAACGCUGCCUUCUGGGUCUUGGGCUCAGGAAUUGGGGCGGUAGGUGUCGGGCUAGGAGCAGGAGCAGUGCUACAUCCAUUAGCUGCAUUUUCCGGCGACCAGCUACUAGCAUCGUUGACAGGUGCCCCUUGCAAGCAGAGGUGUAGAAAGCGAAGCCAUGGUGAAACGGAUACCAACUAUGACAGUGACGGAUCUGCGGGAAAGAGGGCUCGCGCGAGAAAUGGCGACCCUGAAAUUGGCCUUAAUGAAGGUAUAGAAGCAGACGAUGGCCCCGGUCUGAUAGUUGAAGAUAUCGAGGUCGGCCGACGGGCACCGGCGCCACUUCGUGAUGAUGAUUUAUCCCACAUGCCAUGGAACAUCACAGCGUCUAUAAAGAGCUCAGCUCGGGGUUCAUCGGUGUACUCGCGCCAGAUUUUCGCAAGCGGCGGUCUGUUCUCAAGCAUAGGAGGGCCACGUUCUAUCGUGAGCCCCGGACCAGAUGGCGCCCCGUCCAUUGCCAAUGCAGCCUUUCGUCGAGGGAGACUCCGAAGUGCAAGUCCACUCGCUGGCCGCGGAGGCAUGCUAAACAUCCAGCUGCCAAGUGAUCAGGAUGUCGAUAUGGACACCUUUAGUGGAAUAGACGCAGCUCAGUUCAUCGACGAAGACGGCCAGCUCGGAGAGCAGCCGGAGAAGGAAGGUGUCCAGAAGCCCAAAUGGCUGAGUAGCAGCCUUGACCAGGAAACCGUCAACUUCUACGAGUAUCUGAAGUCUCGAAUUGAGGAGGACCUAGAGGCCGGAGCUGGAGUUCCAGGGGUAUCAUUCACCUCGCUUCUCCCCCCCGAAUUGAGCUCUCGUAUCAUCGCGACACAGGCACUACUGCACGUCCUGACCCUGGCGACGAACGGGGCUCUUCGAGUGAAGCAGGAGGUUGCCAGCAGUCCAAGGAGCGUGCAAGACACGGGGGACAUCUUUAUGGUGCUUGGUAGCUGA